AUGCACCGUUUUGGGAAGAAUCUCCAGCUUUGUACACCUGACAUGCAGUUUACAUGUCCAACACGUUACACUGUGAAGGUCUACCAGUUGAUCGUGCAGUUCCCUGCUGCCUUUGAGUUCAGCUCAGCUCUCCUGCUACACCUCAGCCGUGAGGUCCUUACGAAUCGAUGGGGUACCUUCUUGGGCGAUUGUGAGAAGGAGCGAAGCCAGGUCAGACCUGUGACCCAGUCAUUGUGGUCUGCAAUUCUGGCAGGACCAGCUCCAGACUUCUUCAAUGAAAGGUAUAUGCCAACAAGCGAGACUUUGAGACCAAGUCCCUGUCAGGCAUCGGUUGGUGAGGACUAUUGGUUCCGCUUCCGUGUUCACCCUAGGGAUGAGCUGAAUGAGCGGGUGGCAUACUUGUAA